CAUCUUGUAUCCCACCUUUUUUCCUAUAUUUUCUCACCGAUCCCAAUUUGCAGAAAAUACAGGUAGCUGCUAGAAUUACUCAACAAAAAAUAGGGUGAAAUUUUGUAAAGAUGAAGAUUUUCGUGAAGACGCUCAAGGGCUCUCAUUUUGAAAUCGAAGUGAAAGCCGAAGACAGGGUUGAAGAUGUGAAAAAGGUCAUAGAAAGUAAUCAAGGGGAAAAUGUCUAUCCUGCUUCUCAACAAAUGAUCAUUUAUCAGGGGGAAGUUCUAAAAGAUGGCACAACACUCGAAGAAAAUAAAGUUGCUGAAAGUAGUUUUGUUGUUGUUAUGCUUGCCAAGACCAAAGUAUCUCCAGGCGAAGGGUCAACAACAUCGAGUGCACCUACCAUAAAGGAACCACAAACUAGUGCAGCGCCAACCUCAGCUCCAGUAUCCAAUACUCCUCAGCCCCCUUCAGAAGUAGCUGCUGCGCCUGUGGCCGCUUCUGCUCCUGCUUCAGCUGCCAGUGAAGUUGCAGCUGUGUAUGGUGAAGCUGCAUCUAAUCUAGUUGCUGGUAGCAACCUUGACGGAACAAUCCAGCAGAUUCUUGAUAUGGGCGGGGGAACUUGGGACAGAGAUACAGUUGUUCGAGCCCUCCGUGCUGCUUUCAACAAUCCAGAAAGAGCAGUUGAAUAUUUAUACUCUGGGAUCCCUGAAUCAGCAGAAGCUCCUCCUACAUCCGCCAGUGUUCCAAGUAGGCAGGCUGUUAAUGUUCCUUCUCAACCUCAAGCAGCUCAACCAGCAGCUGUACCUUCAACUGGCCCCAAUGCUAAUCCACUGGAUCUUUUUCCGCAGGGGUUUCCAAGUAUGGGCGCAAAUGCUGGUGGUGCGAAUACACUAGAUUUUCUACGUAACAGUCCCCAGUUUCAAGCCUUAAGAGCGAUGGUUCAGGCCAACCCUCAGAUCUUGCAGCCCAUGCUUCAGGAACUAGGAAAGCAAAAUCCCCAGUUAGUAAGAUUGAUUCAAGAACACCAAGCUGAUUUUCUCCGUCUUAUCAAUGAGCCAGCAGCUGAAGGCGGGGAAGGUGUUAACAACAUACUGGGCCAGCUUGCAGGAUCAAUGCCACAGGCUAUAUCAGUUACUCCUGAGGAACGUGAAGCUAUAGAAAGGCUUGAAGCUAUGGGAUUUGAUCGAGAACUUGUCCUGGAGGUGUUCUUUGCCUGCAACAAGAAUGAGGAGUUGGCUGCCAAUUACCUCUUGGAUCACAUUCAUGAGUUUGAAGAGUAACAAUAGGCAUCAAUGUGAAUAUAUAUUACCUUUUUCAGUCUCAAAUGUGUCCCCUUUAAUACCAUCGUAUUUUCAUGUUGUGGUUUCAUAUAACUACUCUAUGCGGUUAUAGUUGAGCUACUUUAGCAUCUUACUAUGGUUUAUUAGGCGUAGCAGACUUGAUGCUUAGAGAAAUGUAAUUAUAGACUGCUGUUUAUGAAAAUUCUAUUUUCAGCGUCA